UGUGUGUGCUCUUUUAGAUUCUAAGUUCCUGUAAGAACAAGCCUAGAUUUAUUGUUAAUCAUGUGUGUAUCCCCAGAACUUAGCAUGCCCUUCACACACUUUAGGCAUUCAGUCAACAUUUCUAAUAUAAGAAGAAUAUAAGUGUGGAAACCUGAUAGAGUAAUGAGUGAGAUCUAAUCCUUCAUCUGAGACAAAUAUGAGAAACAGAAGCAAAAAAAAUUCUUUAGGCUAAUGCAAUAUCCUUCUCUCCGAAUGGUGUAGUUCUUUGUUGAAAACUUGAAAUAAAGAGGGGAGACAAGGCAGAGGGUGUUGACUAUCUUUUGGUUCAUAAGUAAACAUACGUGGGUGGGAAGACCAAGCCAGAGAGGCACGAGCUCCUUACAGUGAAAUAUAGAGGAACAGAACUGGCUCUCAAGGAUUCUACCCAACUGCCAUUUUCCCUGAAGGAUCUCUUCAUCCUUAUGCUGUGAGCCUCCACUUUGGUGUAAGGUGGGGGUGGCGGGGAGUGCCAUGCCCUAGGGUCAGAGAGGAGGCUUAUAUGACAUUAAUGAUGUAUUUUACUACAGAACUAUGUCAGACUGGUCUCAAAGAUUCAUCUCUCACUCACCGACUCAACGUAAUGACCUUCUGUUACCCACACAAUGUUCUUUUGCAGUUCCCACAUUCAAUGGAUAACACAUUUUGUUCAUUCUACUCAAUAAACACUUUUAGUCCCCACUGCUUCCACUUUAGUUGCCCCUAACUUUUCACACUAUAGCAACAGUUCCCUCUCUGAGUCAUACAGAAAGUGUUUCUACCUGGCCCUUCAAAUGUCACAAGAAACUGCUUCCUUAAGUUGAUUAAAUGAAAAAAAAAAUCACAAUUACCUGAUUCAAAUCUUUCCCAUUUCCUUUCCUUUCUCUUUUUUCUCUUUUGGUUCUCUCCUUUUUUAUAUUUUUUUUGAGGGAGGAUUCUUGCUUAUUGGUAAUAUUUAAAUUCCUUGGAUUUAUGCAUGACUUUUUAUAAACUGGCUCCAAUCAUUUAUUCCAGCUUCAUAUCCUGUCAUUCAAAUUCACAUACAAAUUUCUCCUGUUACAAUGAAUGUCUCACUUUUCUCUGGAAAAAACAGGCCUUGUCACAAACGUUUCACAUGGACAGUCCUCAUCCUUCAACGAUCCACUUGUUUCUUCUUUAACUUAGAAUGCUAAAUAUGUCUUUGUAAAGGCACUUACCUCUAGUAUUGUGAUUCACCCAUUUCCCAACAACCUCUUCCUACAAUGUGAGGUCAUCAAGGACAGAUGCCAAGUGAGCUAUCUUUCACACCAAGCACAUAGCCUGAUACUUGCCAUCUAGGAAACACACAUUCACUGUUUGGGGAAAUAAGUAACAGUACACAGAGUACAAUUCUCAAAUGAACAAAAUGAAUGUUAAUAUGUUGCUGAGGAGUUGAAACAAUCUUUUUCAUAUCAUGGGUUAGACAGGCUUUGAAGGGCCAGCCUUAGAAUCUAAUGGACUUUGUUUCUAUGGUUGUGGGCAUUCCAAGUUCCCAACAGCACCUAUACAAAUGAACUCUGGAACACAGCGGCUUCCACGGAAGAGCAGCAGGCACUGAGGCUGGCAGGUGAGUGGCGGUGCCUCUGGGAGAGGCGAAUGGGCCUAAGCACAGACACCAGGUCCUCAGGAGCAGCUGAGCCUUCAGCAGAGACCGGCUCUGGUCAGCCCGUGAACAACCAACGCCCUCCGCCCAUCUGGCCCUCCUGGGCCCACACCAUGCUGGUCACUGUGCACUGUGUGCGGAGCGACCUCUCCGAGGUCACCUUCUCCCUCCAGGUCAGCCCUGACUUUGAGCUCCACACCUUCCGUGUCCUCUGUGAGCUCCAGUCUGGUGUCCCUGCAAAGGAAAUCCAGAUCGUCUAUAUGGAGCAACUCCUCACUGAUGACUACUGUUCCCUGGGCUCCUAUGGCCUCAAAGAUGGCGAUGCUGUUGUUUUACUUCAGAAGGAGAAUGUGGGACCUCAGCCAACUGGACCGAUGUCAGGCCCGCCUCAAACUGAUUUCACUGGCAUGGCCAUGCCUGGGACAUCCAGCUCCGGGCAGCAGCACCAGCAUACACGGUCGGCCCAGCAGGCCCAUGGCCCGAGCUCCAACGAGAAGAGGACGGCUGGACAAGGCCUCGACAGCCCCGCCUUGGUCCGAAGCACGCUGCUCUCCAGUCCCCACCACCUGUCCCUGCUGAAGGAACGCAACCCCCAUUUGGCAGAAGCCCUACUCAGCGGAAACCUUGAGACAUUUUCUCAGGUCCUGAUGGAGCAACAAAGGGAAAGGGCCUUGAGAGAUCAAGAGAAGCUUCGCCUCUAUUCUUCAGACCCAUUUGAUUUGGAGGCACAGGCCAGAAUUGAAGAAGAAAUCCGGCAACAGAACAUUGAGGAAAACUUGAAUAUAGCGAUGGAAGAGGCUCCAGAGAGUUUCGGACAAGUUGUCAUGCUCUAUAUUAACUGCAAAGUGAAUGGACAUCCUUUGAAGGCUUUUGUUGACUCAGGGUCUCAGAUGACCAUCAUGAGCCAAGCCUGUGCGGAGAGAUGUAAUAUGAUGCGGCUGGUGGACCAACGAUGGGCUGGGAUUGCUAAAGGAGUGGGCACCCAGAGAAUUAUUGGCCGCAUUCAUCUAGCACAGAUUCAAAUUGAAGGUGAUUUCUUACAAUGUUCUUUCUCUAUACUCGAGGAGCAACCCAUGGACAUGCUUCUAGGACUAGAUUUGCUCAGGAGACAUCAGUGUUCCAUCGACUUGAAGAAAAACGUGCUGGUGAUCGGCACCACAGGCACACAUACUGCCUUUCUUCCUGAGGGGGAGCUACCCCCAUGUGCUAGGCUGGUUAGCAGUACUGGGCAAUCAGAGUCUCCAGACAAGGAAGUAGCAGAUGCUGUUAAACACCCAGCCAGGCAUUGAGGACUAAGAAAGCAUUGAAAUAGGUUAUAAAUAUGCCACCACCUUGAGGGAGUCUCAAGUCCUGGAAAAUUGUAAGGCAUGGGCUCACUGGCAAUGUAAUCAUUAAAAACAUCUGUAACAACUAAACCUGGCCUUGGGACUGAGUUCUCAGGUCUGUCAUUAUGUAAAUCAUGACUGUCUGAUCUUGGCCCCUCUUCUUUCCCAUUAAAAGAUCACUGACCCUGAUCCUGGGAAGGCUCUGGAAGCUUCAUCAGAUCUCCAGGUAAUCCGUGAAAGGAGACCAACCUCUUCCUUCAGAGACACCAUCCUACCAGAUUACAGGAUGGCUUGUCCAAACCAGCUGCUAUUUUGCACAGUUCCCUUUCCCUGGAAAAAGUCAUUGCUGCAGACCCUACCAGGCAUCUACAUAUAACUAUUUCAAAUCAGCACUAACAAUUACUUACAUUCAGAGAAACAUGUCUAUUUUCACAGAUUUCAUUUUCUUUGGGAAAGGUAUUAGAAAUGGUGGGUCAAUUGUAUUCUUGAUUUGAUUAAUAUUUAUGAAUGUCUGUUUUGUACAGUCAUUUGCUCAUAUUUUACAUUUUCCCUUCCUCUGGACUCCCCUGGAGUUGCUUUCACUGCAAUCUGCCUCUAAAGGCUAAUUUUGCCAAACUUGAGAAAGUGGAUUUUUCUCCUAGGUUAUUCAAAAUAAUAUCCUCCUUUCUCUGUAUUCAGAGAAACCUUGGUUGUAAAACAAAAGCAAUCAAGUAAAUUUUUUAUUUAAAUUGUGGUGCUUCUUAGAAGCCUACUGAUUGUAUUAUGGUGAAAGUGGGAGGUAGGGGUAGGCAGUGGUUCAGGCCCCCUAAUACUCAUUUUAGUUAGAUUAUCUCUUUCUUAAAAAAAAAAACUGGUUUAUAUAUUAAACUACUACAUAAAUAAUAUUUAAACAAAGGGUUUCAUUGUUAAAAAAAACUUUUGAAAACUUCCGAAUGAGAAGAUCUCUAAGGCCUCAUUCAGCCCUACGAUUCAUUCUGACAAAGCCUGUCUCCAUUACUACUGAUGGUGUGGAAUGGAAGAUUCUAGAUUUAAUUACAACCCUUGGCUAAAACACUGGAGACCAAAGGUUCAGUUGCCCAAGGCCAUCACUCAGAGAAAAUGUUUCAGGGCAAUAAUGCAUCAAGAUU